GACGUGAGAAUUUCCUUAUUAUUUUAGAAUGAGUCAAGAAUCGACCCACGGUCAGUACGUUCCGGAGCCGGAGCACGUGAGCGUGCACAUGGCGAACACCGAGGGUUCGAGUUUCACGCCUCCGGGUGACGGAGGACAACAGCAGAAUCAACCUGCGCCAGCGGGACAGCCACUAGCUGUACCACCGCCAGUAGUACCACCGCCAGUGAUGCCACCGUUGGCGAUACCGCCGGUGGCCUACGAGCAGAUGUUCCUGGCCAUGAUGGCCCAUUAUAUGCAGCACAUGGCGCAGUUUAUGCCCAUGUUCCAGCCACCGCCACCACCACAGCCGCAGCCGCGCAUUGUUACCUUCAAGAUGUUGAAGGAUAAUGGAGCGGAAGAGUUCCGAGGAGACAACAUGGGGGAGCCCCAGAUUGCUUUGGAUUGGCUUGAGCAGAUGGACCGGGUACUCAAGAAUUUGAGAGUCCGAGAUGCUGAUCGCUCGGAGUUGGCGUCACAGAUGUUCCGGAAGGGAGCAUAUGAUUGGUGGAAGCGCAUUGACCAGGAUCCACACACGCCCAAGCCGUGGACCUGGGAUCGCUUCGAUCGAGCCUUCACGAAGGAGUACGUCCCCACCCGGUACCGCGAAGAGAGGCGCGAUGAGUUCGUUGCGCUUAAGCAGGAGGGGAUCUAUCGAUUCGAUUUCGACGUAAUCCAGGUUUGUCUUUGACUUGGGUUAGGUCCUGUUUGACUUGGACUUUGACUGGAUAUUCUGUUGUUGUAAGUUUGACCGAAUGGUUAAAUCCAAACUUUAAUGAAUUAGUUAAGUUAAUUAAUUAAUUCUAAUUGGUGAUUAAGGUCAAUUGGUUUAUUGUGUUGAACAUAGAAACUGACCAUCGCUCGGGCGGCUGCAGGGCCUGGUCAGUGAGGUUAAGACGUGCGCACGAGGGUCUGCGAUCUUGGGUUUGAGGCCAUCGCCCGAGGGAUCCUACCUCCACCGAAUUGAGGCCAUCUUCGGUAUUACGGAUUGAGGCUAUCUCCGUCAUAGGAAAUAAAUGUUAAGUGGUUUGACUUUGGUGAAAGUCUAAAUUGGUUUGACCGGUGGUCAAAGAGUCAUGGGAAACCCGUAACACCUAAAUCGUUUUGAAAAGAAAGAAAAUAAGUUGACUAUUGGUCAACCGUCUAAAGAACCGAAUGUUAAGUUGAAUUGAUUUUUAUUAAAAGGAUAAACUUAUGCACGAUCUUAAUUUUUGAAUUAUUAUGUUUAUUCUUGUGCUACAAUGGAGUACCACUCAGCGUCAAUGCUGAGCGGAUAGCGUUUUUUUCUUUUGCUGUCCGUAGGUGAUCAGACAGAUGAACCUAGAGCCGAUCCCAGAGGGCAUUGAGGAGGAGAUGUACGAUGGCGUGGCUGUCUCUUUAAUCUGUUGAUUAUGCUUUAUUUAAUUAACUUUAAUGCUUAUUACGUUUUCGGGCAAGAUCCCAAG